AUGCCUCGCGAUCCGUUAAUUGGGCUUGUUGGAAAGCCAUCUUCCGGAAAAUCUACAACAUUAAAUAGGUAUCGAUCCUUCCAAGGCAAUAACGGGACCAACGAAAAGUCCUACUGUGAGAUAGAAAUGUCUAACAUGCUAGCGGGGCAGCUUAACAGAUGCCUCAUCCAAAGUUGGGAAUUUUCCGUAUGUUUCUUCCAGCCUUUGUCCUUGACUUCACUGGUUGCUGACCGGCAUAUUCUGCUGCGCAACAGAUUUACGACGAUUGACCCCCAACGCGCUAUUGGUUAUCUACAGGUAGAUUGCGCAUGCAGCCGAUACAAUCUACAAGACCGAUGCAAGCCCAAUUACGGUGGAUGCCACGAGGGCCGGAGAUCAGUACCAAUUGAACUCCUAGACGUUGCCGGUCUUGUGCCUGGAGCCCACGAGGGAAAAGGCUUGGGAAAUAAGUUCUUGGAUGACCUACGACAUGCAGACGCGUUGAUACAUGUGGUUGAUGUGAGUGGGACAACCGAUGCAGAAGGAAAGGUCACCAGAGGAUAUGAUCCGUCUCAGGAUAUUGUUUGGUUAAAAUCCGAAAUUGUUAGAUGGAUAGAAGGGAAUCUAAUGGAUAAGUGGGGCUCCAUUAAGAGAAAACAUAUUGCAACGAAGUCCACUGCUGUCGAGACUCUGCAAACACAAUUCUCCGGGUACGGAAGUACGUCGAGGAUAGUUGCAAGAUGCCUUGACCGAAUAAAUCUAAAAGAGCCAUUGGAGGAAUGGUCAAAUGAGAUCAUUUCGAAAGUUGUCGUUUCUUUUAUAGACGAAAAAUUUCCGACUGUUAUAGCACUUAAUAAAAUUGACCACCCGGAUUCAGAUAAGAAUAUUAGCAAGAUUGCCAAACAGGAAGAUCCUAAAUCGAUUGUGCUCUGCUCUGCGAUCUCUGAAGUAUUUCUACGGAAGUUGACGAAGCAGGGGUAUAUUAAAUAUUUAGAAGGGAGCGAGUUUGUAGACACUCGGGAAGACCUGAUUGAAAUGGGUGACCCUGAAGGAGGAGGCCUGAAGGAAAUGGACGAAAAGCUAAAGAACCGUGUCGAGAAUUUGAAAGAUCUCGUACUAUAUCGAUUUGGGUCUACUGGAGUCGUACAGGUACUAUCACGCGCCGCCGAACUACUAGGGCUGGUCCCAGUAUUCCCAGUACGAAAUGUUCACACAUUCGCAUCCGGCGCGACAGGAAGUGCUGUGUUCAGAGACUGUGUUCUAGUCAACAAGUAUGGCUACUGCAUCCACGAUAUUAAAAUUUUCAAAGCUAAUUUCGUCUUGGUAUUAAGAAAUAGUACAGUGGGUGAUGUAGCUAGGAAGGUCAUGGGAGAUGUCCCUAUUGCCUUUGUUGAAGGCGCCGAGGGGACGAGAAUUUCCGAAGACGAGAUCGUUUCAAUCGGUAGACAUGACGUGAGCACCCCUGAUUCAUAUUGA